AUGAAGCUUUUUUCAAGUUUUUUCCUUUUUGCCCUUGAAAACGAGGCGAGAAAACCGAACGUCAUCUUGUUAAAUGUCGAUGAUUUCGGCAUCGGAGAUUUUUCAAUUUACAACAGAGAAGCGAAAGUGCCAACGCCGAAUAUUGACAGAAUCGGCGAGCCGCAUAUUGGUGAAAUGUUCAAAAAGUCGGGCUACAAGACAGGAAUCUUUGGAAAACAGCAACCGUUCCCGAUGGGUAUAAAUCACGAAAAUGCUACUCGAGAAGAUAACGAAGCAACCACCGCCCGCCGGCUAGAAGCGUUGGAGUACAAGAAAGAAGUCGGUUUGUUGAACUUUCCGAAUACGGCCACCGUUCACCAAAAAUUCGGAUAUUACGCACAAAACCCUAAACCAGAAGUUUACGGCUAUGAUUACGCGUACACGCAGCCUGGUCUUUGCUGCAGCCCCGGCUUAUCCUUCGAAAACGGAAGAAGCACUGAACCAGCAGAUACUUUGAUUCAGCUCCAACCUUAUCCAGAAACAACUCCGGUCGAAAACUAUUCGCCAAGUGGCCAUAACUUCCCCUACACUGGCUAUUUCGGCCCGACUGGUCACGCAGAAGAAAUCACAGAUCCAUUUCAGUUGAAUAAUUAUUAUCUAACAUGGAUGCGCCAAACAAUCGCUGGGAAGUCCUUCGACAGUCGCGAAAUCGAGCAAAAGACGAGCAAAAACUCGAAAAUUUCAUCGACGAAAAUCACGAAGAGCCGUUUUUCGCCUAUUACGGAAUGA